AUGCGUGUUCAUGUCCUGCGCUGUAGGUCAGCCACGGGCCAGAACGCCUCGGGCGCUGGCACUAGUCCCGAAAUGAGCAAGGCCAUAUCCAAACGGCGCACAGGCCGAGUUCUUUUCUUCAUUGUUGCGCAUGACGUAUCCUCGAUCGACAUGCGCCGGAGGUACGGCGGUUUUGAGUCUAGGUAUCACCCUCCCCCUAAGGAAGGCACUGACCUCGGCACAGCUAGAGGUAAGCAUGGUCUAAAUGCCGGGCGUACCCUAGUUGGCCGGCCUCGCGUGCUCUGGACCAACGUCCAAGUCGAUCCGGGGCCGGUAGUGGCACUCUUAGCAGAGCAAAUCGAGGAUCGCGAGGAUCCGCCCAGGGUAGCAACCCCUGCCCAACCGCAGCCACCAUCCGAUCGCCGUUCCAACCGUGAAACCUUUCUGGAACGGUACGACGGCGGCGCGCAGGUGCCGUCAGCGACAAAUGGACGGUCAGCUGUCCUCCUUGCGUGGGAAUGCCGUGCGCGAGUGGAGACAAGCUCGUGCUCAAACCUGCCCACCUUAUACUCGAUCCAGGUUAGACUUCGUUCCUCGACAUCUGUAUACCUCCACGGACCACGGAGAAUUGCUCUCAACGGAGCCGCUGGGCUCGAUUCCGACCUCUGCCACUCGUCACUCGUCCUCGGUGGGCAACACGAUGCGAUGGGGAAGGAGGAUCGCGGCGAGGCUCUCAUUGGACCAUGUCGGACCAACGGUGAUUGCGAUGCGAUGGAUGGCCACCCCUCCCGGUGA